GGCGGGCGCGCUCAGGGCGGACUGGCUGGGGGGCUCCCGGGUUUCUGGAGGGCGCGCCGGGGCGACUGUCAUGGAAGGAGCUGGCGGCGGCUUCCGGAAAGACCUGGUGAGCAAGCUGCUGCGCGUGCACUUCACGGACGGCAAGACCAAAGUGGGCGGGGACGCGCUGCAGCUCAUGGCAGAGCUGCUGACAAUCUUCGUUGUGGAAGCGGCUGUCCGCAGUGUCCGGCAGGCCCAGGCAGAAGACCUGGCUCUCGUGGACGUGGACCAGCUGGAGAAGGUGCUGCCUCAGCUGCUUCUGGACUUCUAGGGGCCGCCACCCUCACUGCAGCCUGCUGUCUGAGCUGAGGCAAGGCCCUAUGCCCCAUUU